AUGCUGAACAUCAGUGAGACCCUGCCGUCCCCACCCUUCAGGUCUGCGGACCCUCUCCUGCAGCCACUGUGGGACCACUUGUGUCUUCAUCACCGGUCUCUCGUCUCCUCGCCCUUUUUCGUCGUCGUACUCGCCUUUUCCAGCUACUUUUUCUUCAGUUUGCCUUUUGCUGUUUUGGACCUUCUGGGAGAUAGGGUCCCUUUCUUCCACAAGUACAAGAUCCAACCAGACAGGCAGCCGACACUGGGGAUGAUGGUUAAGAGCUUCAUGACGGCGUUAUUUAACCACAUGUUCUUCGUUCUGCCAGCUGUAGUCGUUGGAACGCUGUUUUUGCCGGCACCAACGCUUCCAAAGCAGGCCCCUCAUUUGUACGAGUUACUCACUGAAUCACUGGCUUCUCUCCUCCUGUUCGACACUCAGUACUUUAUCUGGCACUACAUGCACCAUAAGAACACGCAGCUUUACCGCUGGGUUCACGCAGUCCACCAUGAAUUUAUGGCUCCAUUCUCCUGGUCUACGGAGCAGCUCAGCAUCCCGGAGCUGAUGACCGUGGGCUUCUGGAGCAACAUGGACCCGCUCCUUUUACAGUGCCAUCCGAUGAGCAUAUGGUUCAUGACGGUUUUCAGUCUGUGGAUGUCUGUGGAGGACCACAUAGGCUAUGACCUGCCAUGGGCCCUGAACCGCCUGGUGCCCUUCGGCCUCCUGGGGGGUGCACCGGCUCACGACAUGCACCAUCAGAAGCCGAGCAGCAACUACGCCCCUUUCUUCAGCCACUGGGAUCGAAUCUUUGGCACAGCUGUCACUUUGAAGACAAAAACUAGAAAAUAA